AUGUCACCACCUCCAUCAGGCGGCAAGCGCGAAUCUGCGCAAGCUCGACUGCUCGGCUCCGGACUGUCCGGUAUCGCUGAGCUGCUCGUCUUCCACCCGGUUGACACGGUAGCUAAACGACUCAUGUCAAACAAAGUUUCGGGUCUGUCGAUGGCGCAGGUCGUGUUCAAGGACAAAGCGGCUGCCAACGUAUCUACCAAGUUCUUUUCGCUCUUUCCAGGUCUCGGAUACGCUGCUGGCUACAAAGUGCUGCAGCGAAUCUACAAGUUUGGAGGACAGCCGUACUUUAACGAUUACCUCACUGCCAAUCACAAGAAGCAAUUUGAAUCGCUGUUCGGUGAACGUGCGGGCAAAUCCAUCAUGUCGGCCACUGCCGGUUCGUUGACCGGAAUCGGAGAGAUCGUUCUUCUGCCAUUGGAUGUGCUCAAGAUCAAGCGUCAGACCAACCCGGAAGCGUUCCGAUCGCGCGGCUUCUUGCGUAUCUUGGCCGACGAAAAUGUCAACCUGUACCGAGGUUGGGGCUGGACCGCUGCUCGAAACGCUCCCGGCUCGUUUGCACUCUUCGGAGGAUCCGCUUUCACCAAGGAAUACAUCUUUGGCCUCAAGAACUACAGCGAUGCCACUUGGACCCAAAACUUCUUCGCCUCCAUCGGCGGCUCUGUCGCUUCCAUCACUGUAGCUGCUCCGCUCGAUGUCGUCAAGACCCGAAUCCAAAAUGCCAACUUUGAAUCCAAGGUAGGCGGCGUUACUAUUAUCAAGGACAUGAUCAAGAACGAAGGCUUCGGUGCUUUCUUCAAGGGUUUGACGCCAAAGGUGUUGGUCGUCGGACCCAAGCUCGUCUUCUCGUUUACCAUCGCUCAGAGUUUGAUUCCCUUCUUCGGAAAGUACGUGUAA